GGCACAUUAAUGAAGCGCCUCUACAGGGGUCUUUUCUGCUCAUGUCACCACAUAAAACUAUCAGAUGGUUAGAGGAAGGACAUGGAGGCAGCUACUUAGCUCAUCUUAUGAAGAAAAAGGGGAAAGAUCUGUUUCUAUUCAGCUGGUUUGUGGGAAAAAAACGAAGCCUAAUACCGCAUGCUUAAGAAUCAGAUCAGAGCGCAUCUAAAAAAAAAGAAAGAAAAAAGAAAAUCUCAGGACAGGACAAUCUACAGUGCGCCCUGCUCUGCUGUGCCAGCCUGCCUGCGAGCUCCGGACUGACUGCCAUACUGUAAACACUGAAAAGCUGAAAACUUUGACCAAGUUCUUUUUUUUUAUUGCAUUAGGGUCAUUCUGGGAGAAGCACACGCUACUCUCUCUCUCUCUCCAAUCGACUGGCAAUCACUUUUGUCAUAAACAAACAACGAGACGUCGCUGUGCCCAUGUGAAGUAACUGACUGGUUCAUUUUAAUGAAACUUCGCAGGGCCAAAAGGAAUUUGACUGCGCAUCGGCGAAGGAUACCGGCAGUUCAUCGGUUCUGACGGAACCAUCAUUGUGGCUCUUAACCUGUUCCCGGCUGGCCUACAACGAGAGUGGGAACACGAAGUCACUUGCAGAAGAUGCCGCGUCCGGGGAGAAAUACGUACAGUGACCAGAAGCCACCUUAUUCCUACAUCUCUUUGACCGCAAUGGCUAUCCAAAGCUCCCCGGAGAAGAUGCUCCCUCUCAGCGAGAUCUACAAGUUCAUAAUGGACAGGUUCCCCUAUUACAGGGAAAACACCCAGCGGUGGCAAAACUCUUUAAGGCAUAACCUGUCCUUCAACGACUGCUUCAUCAAAAUCCCAAGGCGACCUGAUCAACCCGGCAAAGGUAGUUUUUGGGCACUUCAUCCGAACUGCGGUGACAUGUUCGAAAAUGGAAGUUUUUUAAGGCGCCGCAAACGCUUCAAGGUAAUGAUGACAUCAGACCAUUUGGCACCGACGAAGCCCACGGAUGCUGCCCACUACCUCCAGCAGCAGGCUAAAUUGAGACUUAGUGCGCUGGCCGCGACUGGUACGCACCUGCCCCAAAUGUCAACCUACAAUCUCGGGGUGUCCCAGCCGUCAACUUUCAAACACCCUUUUGCAAUUGAAAACAUUAUAGCGAGAGAAUACAAGAUGCCAGGAGGACUUGCCUUUUCUACCAUGCAAUCCAUGUCGGCUGGCUACCCUCUGCACAACCAGCUUACCACAGUUGGCACUGCCUGGCCCCACAUGUACAGCACAAGCGUGAUAGACACCGCAGCGCCUAUUUCAAUGGCUAGUAGUGAUUAUAGUGCCUAUGGCCUGCCCAUCAAACCACUCUGCCACGGAGGACAGCCUUUACCCGCCAUCCCAGUACCCAUCAAGCCCACGCCAGCUGCUGUUCCGGGACUGUCGGCCCUGCCGGCUCCCAUCCCGGCCAUCCUCUCGAACUCUCCUUCCUCUUUGAGCCCCACGUCUCCCCAAACAGCGACCAGCCAAAGCAGCCCUGCGACCCCAAGCGAGACUCUCACGAGCCCCACUUCUGCACUGCAGUCGGUGGCGGUGCACUGACAGGAGCGGACGCGCCGGACUUUCAAACUCCACCUUGUAACAAUUCCAAAGUCUUUUUUUGUUUGUCAAUCUUAGCAAAAUGUAAGCGAAGCUUUCUGGCAAGAAAAUUGAGGUUUGCGUUACGUUAAGCCUGAGGUAUCUUUCUUUCUUUCUUUCUUUCUUUCUUUCUUUCUUUCUUUCUUUCUUUCUUUCUUUCUUUCUUUCUUUCUUUCUUUCUUUCUUUCCGUUUAUUCAAACAGUAUAUGUUGAUUGUAUUGGGAAUUAACCAUUUAAACAAAUAACAUUGAAUUAGAGUCUGAGUCACUUAACGCUUAUGCAAUAAAGAAAGAUAUCAAAACUGAUUUGCUACGACUUUUAGUUUUAGCCAUUCAAUAAUCCUUUAAGAAAGACAUUCUUGUAAGCCUCCAUUCCCGAAAUUAAACCGUAGUGCUUGUUUAUUGUAAUGAUGCAAAUACUAAAAGGUAAAACAGAAUAAAUGUACAUUCGGGAGGUUGAGAGAUGAAGACAUUUUGCACAUUCGGAUAAGUAAACUUUAUUUUUUAAUCAGUUGUCACUCAUGUUUAAGCAAUAUCCAAAAAAAGCAGUACCCUGACUGUGAACUCAAUUUUCUUGCUCCGUGAAGGAAAAUAAAAAAUAAAAUCUAUACAGGCAGACGAGGCUUUUAUGUUUCUCGGAAUAUUUCAUGCAUUGGUAUACCAAAUACCUAGUUACUAUAGGCAAAAUUAACAUUAAUCAAAAAUAACUUAUUUAAACAAAGAACAAUCACCAAUAGCAUUUAUUAAAAGUUUGCAAACUUGAAAUGUGAACUGAUUUCUAACGUGGUAGGGUGUUAAAAGUGGACUGGAAAUACAGUAUUGUAAAUUAUUAAAAGCGGAGUGUUAUUAUUAAAAAAAAAAGGAAAAACGUGUAAAAUGCACUUUUUAGAGAAAUGUUUUAGAAUUUCUGUAGUUUGCAGAAAAUGUUGUUCUGUGAACCAUUUUAAAUUAAGGUUGUGGUGGCCAUGUGUAAAAUAUGUAAGUUUUCCUUUUUUCCUGUACAGAAAAGGCAUGCUGUUCAAAAAUGUGUGUUGUUUUUGUUUUCUUUUCUUAUUUUUGCUGCAAGCAUGCGUGCUUUAAAACAUGUGAGAAAUGUCUGCAUUAAAUUAUGAAGUUGGUCAUCAAAAUAUUUUCUCAUUAAAAUGCUAAACUUAAUCACAAA